GGGACCGCGAGUGAUGAUAGGCGAUCUCUUAGCCUCGGAACGAGUUCCCCAGGCCCAUAUGUGCGAAAUACUAAACACGUCAGAGGGUGAAGGUGAUAUAUAUCAUGCGACGGUCUCACUGAUCGCUGACUUGCGGCUCUCAACCCAUUUCCACGGUUCGCGUUUACAUCUUCAAGCUCGCAAACUGGCGAGAUAACUACACCUCACUCACCCGCCGCCUUUUCCGACAUAGAGUCCCCGCUACUGCUUGUCUCAUAAAUAAGAUGGCUUCAGCAGUCGAAAACGAAAAACAUGGCCGCGACAGUGCAAGCCUCGAGGGGAAGAUUGCUCACCAGCAUCAGGAAGUUGUGAAUCCCCUCACCGACCUUGCAGACCCCGACGCUGGACUCAGCGAUGAGGAGCGAGCAGCUGCGGACAAGAAGCUCCUUCGCAAGCUCGACUUUAAGCUCAUUCCAUGGCUGUCCUUCCUGUACCUGAUAUCCUUCCUUGACAGAACCAACAUCGGCAAUGCCAAAGUUGACGGCCUACAACAAGAUCUACACAUGACCAAUGGCCAGUACAAUACCACUCUCACAAUCUUCUUCGUCAGCUACUCCGUCUUCGAGCCUCUCACGAACGUGCUGCUCAAGAAGAUGCGCCCUAGCAUCUUCCUUCCCAUGAUCAUGAUCGCCUGGGGCAUUGUUAUGUGCUGCAUGGGCUUGGUGCACAACUACUCCGGAUUGAUGGCUUGCCGAUUCUUCCUCGGCCUCGCCGAGGCAGGCCUGUUCCCCGGCGUCAAUUACUACCUUUCCUGCUGGUACAAACGAUCCGAAUUUGGUAUCCGAGCUGCUAUCUUCUUCUCUGCGGCGGCCCUAGCUGGCUCCUUUGGUGGUCUUCUGGCAGCUGGUAUCGCUCAGAUGAAGGGUGUUGGAGGCAAACCUGGUUGGGCCUGGAUCUUCAUCCUCGAAGGUCUCGCCACAGUGGUAGUCGGCAUCAUCAGCUACUGGAUGGUCCACGAUUUCCCCGCCGAAGCAACUUUUCUCUCGCCCGACGACCGAGCACGCGUUUUGCGCCGUCUUGCUUCCGACAAGCAGUCCUCCGCCAAAGUCGAGACCUUCAAGUGGAAGUACUUUUGGCAAUCCGUCAAGGACUGGAAAACUACCAUGUACGCUAUCAUCUACAUGGGCGCUGACGGUUCUCUCUACGCUUUCGCCCUCUUCCUGCCAACUAUCAUCAAGGGAUUGAACCCACAGUACUCGGCCACCACUGCUAAUCUUCUGUCGGUGCCUCCGUAUGCGGUUGCUGCUGCUGCAACCAUCUUCAUUGGAUGGCUUGCGGAUCGGACACAGCAGCGUGGACUGUGCAAUAUUGGCAUGUCGCUCCUCGGCAUUGUGGGCUUUGCUAUGCUUUUGGGUAGUGGCAAUCCCCACGUUCAGUACGCGGGUGUAUUCCUUGGAGCGCUCGGUAUCUACCCUUGCAUUCCGAACACUGUAUCCUGGACAUCAAACAACGUCGAGGGCGUUUACAAACGUGGUGUCACUAUCGGUUUCGUCAUUGGCUGGGGUAACUUGAACGGCGUGGUUAGCUCGAACAUCUACCACGAAAAGGACAAGCCGCGCUACUUCCUGGGUCACGGUGUGGUUCUAGCGUACCUAACCCUGUUUCUGUUUGGCGGCAGUAUCAUCACGAGGGUCCUGCUUGCCAGGGAAAACAAGAAGCGGAGGAUUGGCCUUCGUAACCAGUGGACUGAAGGCAAGAGCCGGGAUGAGAUCCAUGAGCUGGGUGAUAAGGUGCCGGACUUCGAGUACGUUCUCUAGAGUACUGAAGUAGACAAGAUGUCGGAGCGUAGAAAGCCACGCAAAUCUGAACCUGACGAUAGUGUCUCACAAGUCGUUCUUAUGCCGCUGCAUGCGCGGAAACGGUGACACAAAAAUGACCCAGAAGCUGCUAACAUUGUCUUUACCUG